GUGCUCUCUAAGUGGAAGGUUCGUCCAGAACUCUCUGUUCUCUAUCAUACAGUCAGUGUGCUUCCAGAGUGUAGGUGAAGUGUCAUUGUAAAGUGUUGUUGCUGAGUACGAUAUGUCUUCUUCCCUCUGCAACAACAGGAGCCAAACAACAAGGGGUCAGGAUUGCCAACUCACCAAGUAAUGCAGUGAAGGCUGGCAGUGGACAUAGACCGUGGAUGGCCGAUGCCCCGCAGCGGACAGGGCGGCGGGUGUCCCUCAGCGAACCCCGACCAGAGGCGGCCCGGGUGCACAACGAGUACCUCGAGGCCCCGCUCCCCCCCUGUCACCAUGAGAACAACAACAAGAAGCCCUCGGCGACCCUCCACCAGCCCAAGAAGUCCGGGCCGCCACCGCCUCCACCCGCCGACUCCUCCAUCAUCUGCAGCGAGUGCGGCAAGUGCAGGUGCGAGUCCUGCCGGGAGCCGAGGCGACCGCCUUCGGCCUGGCUCUGCUCCGACUUCUGCUACUGCUCGGUCGACUCCUGCGUCGACUACACCUCGUGCCUCUGCUGCGUCAAGGGCCUGCUGUACCAUUGCGGCCCCCGUGAGGACUGGGCCGACGACCCCUGCUCUUGCACGGGGAGCCGGUGGCUGGCCAGGUGGUCCUGCCUCGGCCUGGCCUCUCUCUUCCUACCUUGCCUCUGCUGCUACUGCCCGCUGAGGGCUUGCGCGGACGCUUGCGAGUCCGGUUACGCAGCCUGCACCCACCGCGGCUGUACCUGCCAAAGGAGGCUCCUGGAAAGCCCCCAACUCUCGUCACAUUCCACGGUGUAGUGCGUGACUCCGGACUGUGUACAUAUCCAUUCUAGGGCGUUUCGGUAUAAAGGCCCUUAAGUGUCUACUCCUCCACGGACUUAAUGGACUUAUUAACUAAUUGUUGGUAAUGAAGAAAAAACAAAAAUAUAAAAAAAAAAGUGAUACGCACUUCACAAUUAUCUAUGUUUCAGUAUAUUUAAACAAAAAAUUGUUAUAGAGCAAGGGUCUCCAACCUUUCUGGCCCACGGCUUGUGAUGAAAAUAAAAAUCAUAUUUCAUAAAUUACACUUUGUUUUAAGAGCAACAACUCAUACAAUAUAGUAACCAAAUAUUUCAGUAAUUUAUUAACUCAUAUUUUUUUUACCAAUAUUGGAUGUAAUAAAAAAAAAUACCGUGGGCUAUAGUUUGGAGACCCCUGUUAUAGAGGACAAGUCGGUUCCCUAACAUUUAUUAACUGUUUUUUCCAAUUUUGUAUCACUUCGGGGGUUCUGACCAGAAUAGAAUCUCACCAUGUUAACGUAGCAUUCCUGGUUCGGAACCCUUGAAAAAACUGACUGCUUGCAUUUUAAAUAUUUAUUCGCAUUCCUCAUAAAAUCAGUCGAUUUGUCCUAAUCUAUUUACCAUUACAGAUUUGUUUUUUAAAAAUAGUCGAAAAUAUGUUGAUUUACUUCGAAUGAUAAGGGAUUGGAUGUUGUUAGCCAUGAAAUGGUCGUUUGAUACAGUAUUAUCUAGUCUAUUGAAUUAAUUUUGUAAUUUUGAGAGUGGACGUUAUCAUAUAAUAUUAUUAUUUCUGUAUAUAUCAGUAAUAUCCUAGGCUGUUUUGUUGUUUCAGUGAGUCCCACUGGCCAUAAAGACUACUCACGUAAAUUAUUAUUUUUGUUUCCAUCUUUUGACAUUUUGUAUUCGAUAUUAUUAUUAUUUAUUACUUUGUAAUUUAUAUUAUUAAAUUAUUACCAUUGCCAGUUAUUUUUUAUUAUUAUUUUUUUUUUUAUUUGAAUUUAUUACCUCUUUAAAAGUUCCCGAUGGACAAUGGGACUCGAAAAAAAGUGUACAUUUGUACUGCUUAUAAUUAUUGUUGCAAACAAAUUUACAAAUAACUCACUCGAAUAGAUUGUUACCUUUCGAAACAUCACAAAAAUUUGUUCAAUGAAUGAUUAGUUCGUAUCAGGGUACAAACUUUGCCCAAUAUAUAAAUAUAUAUAUAUUUUCUAAUACGCUAUAUUAUUAUAAGAAACUAAUUUAUUAAAUAAAGAAAAGUUUGUACUCUGAUACUAUUAUUAUAUUCAUUUGGUAACAAUUUAUUUAUUACUGAAGUCAUGUAUGUUAUGCUAUAUUAAACAGCAUAAUCGUUAUUGUAUAUACCCUAUAAAUAUAUAAAUACAUAUAAAUAAAUAUAUAAAUAUAUAUAUAUAAAUAAAAUAAAAUGUAAACAUGUAAACGUUAACAAAAUAUAUUAAAUAACAGACAUUUAAUUUAUUUAUCAUGUUGUCUUUAUUUCCUGAUCCAGAGUUCAUUUAUUAAUUUAAC